GCCGAAUCGGGAGGGGAGUCUGGGACAAGAGAGGUUGGUCAACCCAAAUAGAAACGAUUGAACACCUUGUGGCACACUAAAAAUGGUUUCCUUAUGAUUCCUUCUCAUGUCUCCUGAUUCCUUCUCCAAAGUGACGGAACCAGUGCUGCAGGGACGGAACCUGCAGAAUUGCCACGAUUCCAAUCCAUUCACCCAGAAAAACUCUUCCAUGAACACACUUAGGAUUGAUCCACCGUCUUGUCUUAUCUGGUCUUCAUGGUUAAUGGGUAGCCUUGUCGCAUCCAACUGGUUUACUGCGGAACAACCAUAGAAGCGCAAUGGACUUAGAUCCUUUUGGAUCGCAUCCAGUCCCAAGUCGCGCACGUCGUUGCAGGUCUGAGUUGGGCGUAUGGGAAGGUGUCGUUGGGUUCCCAAUCACUUACAACACCAGGAGAACGAAGGACACAACAUCAAACAUAGCCUUUGGCCCAAACUGCAAUCGUUUUAAGGGAUUUCUCCUCUCCAGUCUGUCACGAUGUGUUCUGCAGGAUAUCUCCAUACAGUCCUUCUCCGAAGUGAUGGGAGCGCUGUUACUUGCGGAACGAACUUCGCUGAACAAUGCGACAUUCCACCUUUGGAGGGAAUUAGGUACACCCAAGUUUCUGCAGGAGAUCAUCAUUCAGUGCUUCUGCGAAGUGAUGGGAGCGCUGUUGCUUGCGGAACGAACAGAGCUGGACAAUGCAGCAUUCCACCUUUGGAGGCGGGUUUUUGCUACACCCAAGUUUCUGAGGAGACCAUUCAGUGCUUCUGCGAAUUGAUGGGAGCGCUGUUGCUUGCGGAACGAACAGAGAUGGACAAUGCAGCAUUCCACCUUUGGAGGAGGGUGUGCGCUACACCCAAGUUUCUGCAGGAGCGAUUCAUUCAAUAGGGUGUGUUCUACACCCAAGUUUCUGCAGGAUCUCGUCAUUCAGUGCUUCUGCGGAGUGACGGGAGAGCCAUUGCUUGCGGAAUGAACGAAUGCCGACAAUGCGACAUUCCCCCUUUGCAGGAGGGAAUGUUCUACACUCAAGUUUCUGCAGGAGUUUCUUAUUCAGUGCUUCUGCGAAGUGAUGGGAGCGCAGUUGCUUGCGGGGCGAACUAUCAUGGACAAUGCGACAUUCCACCUUUGGAGGAGGGAGUGUGCUACACCCAAGUUUCUGCAGGAGGUUGUCAUGCAGUACUUCUGCGAAGCGAUGGGAGCGCUGUUGCUUGCGGAAUGAACGAAGAAGGACAAUGCAACAUUCCCGUGUUUGCAACCGGUAGCUACCUUUUUGUUUGUGGCAAAGACUACAUUCUGCAAUUGCGCGCUGCCCUGGAAGAUGAUGGAGCGGUGCUGACAUGCUGUGAUUUGGCCGGACAUGAGGUAUUGCGAUUGAGAGGAAAAGCGUCGGACCCGGCCUGGGAGACUCACAAGCGCAUUGCCAGUGACUUGCAGGUUAGCCUUCAAAAUCUUCGUCUGGUCUUGCCUGAUGGACAGUUGUUGGCCUCGAUCUGCAGGGCAAGUCCAUUGGCCACCAUUGCAGAUCUGAGUGAGUGAGGUGUGUCCCGUGUUCUAGCUCCGUCAGGAACAAAAGCCACACGGCACAAGUCAAUUUUCGCCGUGUUGUUGCUUGCGAAUUGUCAAUGGACGAUGCUCUGAUACCCAUGCAGAGUUUGGCUGUGGGAUCGAAAACUUUUGGCAGCCACGAAAA